AUGAUAAAAAAUAUCGAAUCCUUGGAAAAGAGUAAAGUUCCAUAUUUAAAUCCUAUAUCUGCCACCACGCCAAACACAGAUAGUGGGGAAGAGUCGAGUGUGAAAGAUGAGAUAAACGAAAGUCCAGUUGAUAGAAAGAGACGCAAGGCAGAUAUGUUAUUAAUCACUCGUUUUAUGAUCCGUAAAUUCUUGAACGGUAUCUAUAAGAAAUAUAAACCAAUUUUGAAAAAUAAAGAAAACAAUUUUAAGUUCAAUGUGCAACUUGUAAGCGAAUUUAUGGAAAAUUUAAUGGUUAGAAUAAAAUCAACAAAGGUCCAAUUCAAGAGGAUGUGUAUUAUCAUGGUCAAAUUUUUAGAAUGUUGUUUGACUGAAACCAAUUAUUUCCAAUUCCUAAGAAAUGAUAUAAAGAAAUUAAUCAUCACUAGUUUCAUAUUAAGUAUACCUAAUGAAUCCUCCAAGAAUAAGUCUUAUAAAACUCCAAGUAGCUUUAGUAGUAUCAGUCAAAAGAGAGAUGAAGAUUAUAAGUUUUAUUCCCAAAUUACCGGAUUGACAGUGAGUGAGAUUAACAAUUGUUGUUCUAUUGUCAGACCAAUCUUGAUCAGAGAAUCAAGAUUACAAUAUAGGUUCAUUAAGGAUAAGUUCCGGCAUCAACAACAAUUGCAAAACGACCGGCUGAAUUAUUCCAAUAAUUUCGCUAGUAUUGCUAGAGAUCGUCUUUUAAAUAGCAACGAUAAUGAAUUGAAGUUGACUGAUUUGAUUGAUAUCAUUCAAAAUGAAGAGAAUCAAAAUAAUGAGAGUGAUAUCGAUACAAUUAAUGAAGAAGAAAGAAUCAUUGAAGAAUUGAAAAACAAAAACCCAGGUAGAAAUGAUAAUCAUGGGUUAGUCUCUUUAACUUCUGUUUUUAAAUUAAACCACAGUAAAAACCGUCCUAAAGUGAAUAGGAAGGAAAAUAAAAGAAACCAUGAGAUCUUGACCUUGCCAUAUGAAAAUUAUUCUUUAAAUGAUUUGAGUGUUAAGAUUGACGAUAGAGAAACGUUCAUCAACAGUACUUCUCUAUUCAAUUCUCAACAAGGAUCAUCAAAUGACACUCGCAAUGUAUUGAUAAACCCCUCUAUGCUCCAUCGACAUCAUCAGCAUAAUCAUAAUCAUUCCAGCCAUUCUCUAACAAUGGACCCUAAAUCUCUCCAUGACACAUCAACAGUCGACGCCACUACACUUCUCCAAGAACAACAAAUUAUACAUGAAGCCGCAGAAUACAACUCUGAUUGUGCCAGCAACGAUCAAGAUUGUAACGACUCCGAUAUCGAUAUAAACUUCAAUACUGAACAUAUUAUCCUUCAGACAGAAUUAGCCCAGUUCAAUGAAUUGGGCCGCGCGUUGUUUGAGGACACGUUCCCAAUUGACUGCUAA